AUGUCCAACUCGUUCUACCUGUGGGGCGAAGACGCCUCCACCGCCAUCGACGUCGACGUCGAUGUGCAGGAAAACCUCGACAGCUUCCGACACACGGUUGCCGGCCAGUUCGCCGUUGUCGACCCGUCCGGCAUCGACUUCCUCGCGCCCGAGGGCCACAGUCUCGCCACCCCGUCCGAGAUUGUCGACACGCCGGGCCCCAUCGCCGUGGCCAUCGACGGCAAAAAGGUGCGCGAGGUGCCGGCGCCCAAGGGCCUACCGUUCGUGGGCAACUACUACGAGAUCUUCCCCGACCACCUGGGCAACCACCAGCGCCUGUUCGACCACUUCGGGCCCGUCUUCAAGACGACCAACAUGGGCCGCACCACCUUCCACACCAACGACCCCGAGCUCGCCUCCAUCGUCUUCUCCGAGUCCGACUUCUUCACCAAGCUGAUCACCAAGGAGCACCCGCUGUACGGCAUCAAGCAGCCCACGGCCGGCAUCUUCCUGGGCGACACCGACACCGACGACUGGCGCGUCGCCCACAAGUUCCUGCCGCCCGCCUUCGGCCCCAAGGCCGUGCGCCACUACGCACCCACCAUGCAGCGCACCGUCGAGAAGGCCUUUGCCGUCUUCGACGAGCUGGACCGCAGCGGCGAGGCCUGGAACGUCUACCAGCACAUGCUGAAGCUGGGCUCCGAGGCCGUCGGCAAGCUGGUGCUGGGCAUGGACUUUGGCCACUUCGACGCCGUCGACGCCCCCAUCCACCGCAUGGUCCUGUGCAUCGCCGAGACCCUGGAGCUCAACAAGAAGGUCACCUCCAUGGGCGACUGGUACGCCGCGCUGCCCUUUGGCGACCCCAAGCGCCUGCGCACCCUGCGCCACGAGAUGGAGCUCAUGCUGGACGAAGUCAUCGCCCAGUGCGCCGCCGGCGGCACCGAAGACCUCGAGCUGCAGGAGGCCGCGCUCAAGGCCAGCUGCGUCAUCGACUACGCCAUCCGUGCCGUCGACGCAAAGGGCGAGCGUCUGCCCAAGAAGAACCUCACCGGCGCCCUCGUCGUCGCCACCGGCGCCGGCUUCACCACAACCUCGUCGCUGCUCUCAUGGCUGCUCUACGGCCUCGUCGCCUACCCGGGCAUGCAGGACCGCCUGCUGCAGGAGCUGGUCGACGCCGGCAUCGACGAGGACACGCAGUGGGACGCCGACACGGUCGACCGCCUCCCCUUCCUGGUCAACUACAUCAAGGAGAUGCAGCGCCGCCACAACCCGUCCUUCCAGCCCGCCCGCACCGCCAAGGUCGACCUGGUUCUGCCCGGCGGCUACAAGAUCCCCCAGGGCGCCGUCGUCGUGCCCGCCCUGCACCAUAUCCACAACAACCCCAAGCUGUGGGACAACCCCGCCAAAUUCGACCCGGACCGCUGGGACACCGACGCCGUCAAGUCGCGCCACAAGGGCGCAUAUCUGCCCUUCGCCACCGGCCCCCGCGGCUGCAUCGGCUUCAACUUCGCCUUGCAGGAGGUCCGCAUCUUCCUGCCCAAGCUCGUCUACCGCUACCACUUCUCCAAGGUCGGCGACGAUGCCGUCGAGUACGAUCCCAUGUUCCAGCUCAUCCGCCCCGUCAACCUGUACGUGCGGGCCGAGCGGAGGCAGAAGUGGCCGCCGAAGAGCGACGAGGCUUCGGCGUGA